AUGGAUGAUGAAUGUGGACUGCAUCAUACUACGGAGCCACUAGAUAAGGGGUUUUAUUCGGAAGAUGAGCUUACCAGUAGGGGAGAUGAAGGAGGGGUAAAUGAUUCUCAAGAAUUAGAUUCUGAUACAGAGCAAAGGCAAGAGCUUUCUGAAGUAGGUCUGUUCAGAGGAUUGGUUGGUACAAGACUCUGUUCAGAUUCUUCGCCUGCCACUUUUGCACUUUCAAUGCGCCUCCUCACCUGCUUAUCGGAUCUAACUCUGCCUAUCAGAUCUGCCUUUCCAUCUGCCCUUAUCAGAUGGUCUAUCAGCUCGAUGGCAGCCUUGCUUAUUACUUAUUUUAGCUCAGCUCACAGCUCAAGGCUUAUCAGUCCUCUCCUUCUCUCAGCUGGUUCUUCUCAGCUCAAUCAUUCAGCUCAAGCUAUUGGUUCUCUCGGCUCUAAGUAUCAGCUCAAUUACACUCUCUUGCAGCUGUUAUUUAAUGCUGCCUACACCCCAGUUGCAUUUUUCUGGCUGACUAUGCUCUUUUAG